AGCUACGAAAACCGCACCAGGGACAAUGGCCGAGAAAGUGGCCCUGAAGGCAUGGAGCCAGAUGGCAUCAUCGAGAGUAACUGGAAUGAGAUUGUCGAUAGUUUCGAUGACAUGAGCUUGUCGGAGUCUCUUCUCCGAGGAAUCUAUGCCUAUGGUUUUGAGAAACCUUCCGCCAUUCAACAGCGGGCUAUUCUUCCUUGUAUCAAGGGGUAUGAUGUGAUUGCACAGGCCCAGUCUGGUACUGGGAAGACUGCCACCUUUGCCAUUUCUAUUCUUCAGCAGGUUGAGCUGGACCUGAAGGCUACCCAAGCCUUGGUGCUGGCACCUACCCGAGAGUUGGCCCAGCAAAUUCAGAAAGUGGUGAUGGCUUUGGGUGACUACAUGGGUGCCUCCUGCCACGCGUGCAUUGGAGGGACCAACGUGAGGGCUGAAGUGCAGAAAUUGCAGUCUGAAGCACCCCAUAUUAUUGUGGGCACUCCUGGACGUGUGUUUGACAUGAUUAACAGACGUUACCUGUCACCCAAAUGCAUAAAGAUGUUUGUGCUGGAUGAAGCAGAUGAGAUGUUGAGUCGUGGGUUCAAGGACCAGAUCUAUGACAUCUUUCAGAAGCUGAGCAGCAACACGCAGGUAGUGCUGUUGUCUGCUACGAUGCCAGCCGAUGUCUUGGAGGUGACA